AUGGAAACUCCCCUGGUAGCUGUAGUCACUGGCGCCAACCGUGGCAUCGGGCGUGCCAUAUGUGCUGCGCUGGCUCAACAGUAUUCAGGUCCCCUGAUUUUGUAUGCAGCCUCACGUGCUGGAGCUUCUCUCGAUCUGACCAACCUGGCCAUUCCCCCAACUGUGUCGAUUCGCCCUGCUCAGCUCUCCCUUACGGACCAGGCCAGUAUCUCCGCACUCACCGCGAGGAUCAGAAACGAAAACAAGGGCUGUGAUGUUGUCAUUAACAAUGCCGGGCUAUAUUAUUUUCAAGGGAACAUCACAGCCGCACAGCGCCAGGAAACUCUUGACGUGAACUAUCGCGGCACACUCAAUAUCUGUCAAGCCUUCUUACCAAUCAUGCGUAAGGGUGGCCGCAUUGUCAAUAUCUCUUCCCAAUCCGGCCAGCUCAAAUAUUUCCAUCCUCGCCUGCAGGCGCGAUUUCUGAGUCCUGAUCUCAACCUCUCCGAGCUGGAUGAUCUGGUUGAGGAGUAUAUACACUUAGCCGACCAGCACACCGCGACCGCUUCAGGCUGGCCCCCUCUUGCUUACUUCACCAGCAAGGCCGCUCUAAAUUGCGUCACACGAAUUUUGACCCGCGAAAAUUCUCAUCUGAUGAUUAACUGUUGCUGCCCUGGGUGGGUGGGCACGCCACUGGGUGCGCAGGCGGGCCAGCCACCCAAAUCUGUUGGUUAG